AUGUGUGCGGGGCGCUUAUUGUUGCCUUUGGAAACGGGUUCAUACCAUGGGCAUGAGCCAAAGAUUUCUGUCGUCGGUGCUGGUUCAGUAGGAACGGCAGUGGCGUUUUCAAUUAUGACCAAAAAUAUUGCGAACACUGUUGUCCUCUAUGAUAUUGACAAAGAUAAGUGCGAAGGUGAAGUGAUGGAUUUGGAUCAGGGCUCCCUGUUUCUGGAAUCGUGUAAAGUAAUCGGUGGCGAUGACGUGACGAAGACUGCUAACUCCGACAUUGUCAUAGUGACAGCUGGAGCCCGGCAAGCUGUCGGCGAAUCAAGACUGAACCUUGUUCAACGCAAUGUCGACAUUUUUAAGAAACUCAUUCCGGCUCUUGUUAAACAAAGCCCGGAUUGCAUUCUUGUUAUCGUGUCAAAUCCAGUCGAUAUCAUGACUUAUGUCUCCUGGAAGCUGAGCGGUUUUCCCCAGCAUCGAGUUUUGGGAUCUGGGACUAUGCUUGACACCGCUAGGUUCCGACACAUUCUCGGCCAGAAAUUGGAUGUGCAUGCCAGUACCAUUCACGGUUACGUGGUUGGUGAACACGGAGAUUCAAGCGUUCCAGUAUGGAGCAAGGUAACCGUUGGUGGAGUAAGUCUUUCCGAGGCUUAUCCUAAGCUUGGUCAGCCUGGCGACCCCGACGAUUUUGCUUCCGUUCACAAGGCUGUUGUUGAUAGUGCUUACGAAAUUAUUCGCAUGAAGGGCUGCACUGCUUGGGCUAUUGGUCUCUGUUGUGCCUCUCUUUGUAACGCCAUUCUUCGCAACAAGAAGAUUGUGAUUCCAGUUUCCACCUAUCUUAAGGACAAACUUGGCAUUAAACAGGAAGUGUUCACGAGCGUGCCCUGCAUAAUCGAUUCCUCUGGCGUCUCUGCGGUGGUCAAUCUCGAUUUUUCGCCUAUUGAGAAACAAAAGCUGAUGGCCAGUGUUAACACUCUUCAGGGAAUCAUCGCAGAUAUCAAGUGGUGA